GUGGAGGAGAGGCCGACAGACCGGGCUGCUCGGGGGAACUCAGUAGAAGGAUUCCGCACGUCAUGUCUGGCUUUGUUACCCUGGCUCAACAUCAUCCUACAGUGGAUUUCAACCGACGUACCACCAGAUUUUAAAGUUACAAAAGGAAUCCACAAAGGACACGUCCAACCAAAAAAGAAAAGCGCAAGGAGAAGAAGAAAUAAAAACAAGCUUAUUUUACGCAAGAUAACCCGGUCGACUUGGGACCUGUCGAACGAUGAGCGAUCACCUCAAGGACGUGCCCGAAUUUUUCGAGGUCGAACUAGGAGAAAGUUUAAUUUCGCGUACCGAGUUUUUGACUUCGUUCAGAGAACUAGGACCACCAGAUCUAUGUCAUCUCAUCAAAACCACCAGCAAACCCGGAUCAAAGCCACCUACAACCACAAAUGGCGUCGAACGUGAUCUGGGUAGUUAUCAUUACGUUAGUGGUGCUGAUGCUAGUAGUAGUGCUAGCUUGGCAGCGUAUUUGAAUUCUUUAACAUAUUCGAUCGAAGAAAGCGGAAGUUGGCUAGGUGGAUGGGGUGGGGGCGGAGGUAAAGGCGCUUGGAGGAUCAGAAGUGGAUGUUACUGUUGCUUCAAUGCGUUUUCAAGGGUGGACGUUCGAGUGGAAGUGAAGAUUCCAGGAGGGGUAGAUGCUUAUCUGAUCGACUUGCGUGGAGAAAAACAUGAACCAACACCAGUGAUCUGGACUGAAACAUACGUCUCUGCGAUCUUAAGAGCAAUCUUGUACGCCGACGAUCCGAAUUAUAGACUCGCUGGUUUCAGGAAAAUCGAUCCCAUCACAAAUCCUGAGGGCGAACAAAGAUUCUUACGAGCUGUUCAGGAGAUCUUUUUCAAAGGUUGGCAACUUGGUAGUGAUCCUGAGAUUCAAGUGGCUACUGUCAUCUCGAAUCAUCUCACAACAGGUAUCAUGAAAUAUUUUGGUGAUGGCUUUCGAUGGGGGCCAGCAGUCAACUUGUUUGAAAAACUGGCUGUGAAGGAGGUUGAGGUAGCUGCUCUCUUAGCCCAGGCUUAUUUAGGAAUGAAUGAGGAAGUAAAAGCCGUCCAGGUCUUACAUCGUGCACUUGAAGACAUGCCCCAAUCAUACGCUCUCCUUCAUGUCCAAUGUGAUUUUCUCAGAUCUAAAGGAGGACAGUAUACGGAAUGGGCCCUCAAACUAGCCAGACAAGCGGUCAACUGUGCGCCUAGUGAAUUCAUCACUUGGGCAAAGCUUACGGAAGUCUAUAUUGAACUUGGUCGUUAUUCCGAUGCAUUGCUUACCUUGAACUCGUGUCCGAUGUUUACUUACAAUGAUCGGGAUUUACAUCGGAUGCCAACACCGUCCCGCAGUCACUUACCCAUCAAAACAUUUAUUGCUGAGUCACAAAUUCUCGAUGAAGAUUCUGCCCGCGACAAUGAAGCCGAUAUUGCACUGUUACGAUUACCCGCGCCGUCUCUUCGGGGGACAUUUUCGAAAGCUUAUUCGCUGCUGACAAAACUGGUAAUUCUGAUUGGUUGGGAUGAACUGUUGAAAUGUCGGAGUCAAGUAUUUGUGAUGGAGGAAGAAUAUCGACAACAGCGAACGGAGACCGAGCAGCAAGGCUCCUUCCAGUCACAUGCAAAGCGUUUUAGUACUUCCGCCAUGGGUAAUGGAGAGGGCAAGGCUGCUACAGACGACGCGCCGAACGCAUCCUCACGGAAAGAGCCAUCACCAGAUCCACAAGCUUCCGCAGCUUACAAUCCGCCAAGUCCUAUCCCAACGAUCACCGUCUCUGAUUCGGAAGAUCAUCGGCCGUCUGAAGCGAGGAAUCCGGUCGACGUCUCCUCCAAAAGUGACGACGAGUCUCGCCCAGACUCUCCGGUAGGCCUAGAUGAGGCUUCACGAAGUCCAAUGGCAGGACCUGCGAGCGGAGUUGAUAAACCGAUCGCAGCUCAUCCAUCGUCUGGUAUAACUGACAAACAGAGUGAAAAUACAGCUAGCACGGCGACAGCAGCCCCCCGAAAUACGUUCAUGAACAAAAGACUCUGUGAAAGAUGGUUGGAUAACCUGUUUAUGGUGCUAUACGAAGACCUAAGGGUUUAUACGAUUUGGAGGGCUGAGGUAGCGCAUUUCAAGGCCCAACACAUGCCGUACAGGAAGACAGGGACUGAGUGGGAGAUUCUGGGAGAUCUGGCGUUCCGAUUACAUCACAAGGAAGAGGCUAAGGACGCGUUCCAGAGGUGUUUGGAGGCUAAAUUCUCGGCAAAGGCCUGGAUGAAACUGCUAGAAUUUUACACGGAUGAAGGGGAUGUUCAACGUAGUUUAAAUGCGGCUAUCAGGCUAAGCACAUAUCAACAUCGUUGGUAUAUGGAGAUGUCGUUUCCAACCGCUGUAGCACACCAAUUGUAUAAGCUAAUGCGCCAAGAAGGCGUGGCUAAGAUCUCGUAUUCUUUGGUUUCUAUGAACCUGCCCCAACCGAUCGUGAAAACUUGCAUGCAAGGGUAUUUUAAUUAUGCGCAAGUGUUCAGGAUCGAAGGAAGUGAUAUCUAGGAGGGAGGAUAGAAAUCAAUUACGAAGAAAGUCUCCCUUUAUAAGUUCUUGUUCCUUGAUACAUUUUGUACCUCUUCUGCCUCAAAUUGUUGUUGUUUUGCAUUUAAUUUUCAAUCAGUUGUCCCUCAAAUGACCAGCGCCACUAUAUACCUUGUCCACCCCAAAAAGCCCAACACAUACCGCUUUCUGCCGCACUUCUGGCUUGUUUCAAUUAGCUACCGAAAUAGAUAGAUCUCUCCUCUGUCCUCCUGAUUAUUAUUGACUGUUUACUCUUUUCUGAUCUGCGUGUUGAUCUAGUUUUUUUUCCUACUACCAGCUCUCUACACUUUUCCUGAUGAACAUUUCUUUGUUUCCAAAACAAAUGAAGAAGAAUACAAAAUUAUAUGAACUCUUUUAUAUAUUUC